AUGGGUAAUAACCCCAGCCUCGAUUAUCAAAGGACAGUUAAGAACAGUCCUCGCAAACAUAAGGAGAUGGUUCAAGUGGAUGACAUAGAAGCUAGGGUUGCUGAUAUCGACUUGCAGAAUAGCGAGCAACCACCUGCAGAACGGGUAUUGAAUCGUAAGAAGUCCACAUUGUUGUUCGAUGACGAAUCCAAUAAUGAAGAAGAGUACAGUGAAGAGAAUGAGGAAGAGAAGGUAAGGUAUCGUGCCGAAUCUAUAUCGUCUACCAGCAGUUGUUCCAGCCAUGCUAGUGACGAUAUUCAGCAAGAUGAAGUAUGUGAUAGAACUGAAGAGGCAACUAAGUUGGAGAGGCAGUCUAGAGAAGAUCAUAGUGAUGAGCAUAUUAGGACCGCUACACAAUCUGAAAGCGAUCUCGCUCGCACAACGACUAAUACUACUGAAGUUGGUAUUGAUGAAUCUCGCCAUGAAGAAAAGGAGAAGCAGGAAAGCUCAAGUUCAGCAUCAAAUGGUAUGGUUCCUGUGGAGAUAAGAUGGGAGCAAGGUGGUGAGAAGGUUUAUGUGACAGGGUCCUUCACAAAUUGGAGGAAAAUGAUAGGCUUAAUUCCUGUUGAGUCCGAACCGGGCCAUUUCAAGAUUAAACUUCAGUUGGCUCCUGGAACUCAUAGAUUUAGGUUUAUCGUAGACAACCAGCUGAGGUUUAGUGAUAACUUACCUACUGCAACUGAUCAAAUGGGUAAUUUUGUUAAUUAUUUGGAGGUCUCGGCGGUUCCGAAGUCAGACUCCACGUCAUCAAGAACAGGUAAGGAAAGGAAAGAUAAAAAUAAGAAAUCUGUGAGUAAAGUAUCGAAGGAUAGGUCUACCGUGGGACCAUUAAGUGCUAGGUCCUGUAUAGCGUUAGAAAUAGAAAAAGAGCCUGAUGAUUUUGGAGAUGGGUACACCAGAUAUCAUGAAGAACUCCCACAAGAACCAAAAUACGAAUUUAGUUCAGAGAUCCCUGCUAUAUUUGUAGAUCAGUCCAUAAUCGAGCAGUUAACAAUGGAAAGGCAAAGAAAGAAAUCCAAUAAUAUGUCAUGGUUGACUCCGCCUCAGUUACCACCACAAUUAGAAAACGUAAUACUUAAUAAAUUCGGAGAGCCAUUGAGUCAAAGCACGGAGAACAAUGCAGGUGCGCUACCAAUCCCUAAUCAUUCUGUGUUAAACCAUCUGGUAACAACAAGCAUUAAACACAACACACUCUGUGUUGCAACAAACAACAGGUACAGGCAGAAGUACGUCUCACAGAUUUACUACGUCCCAUUGUAG